CUCGUGGCCGGGCCCCACUAAGCUGCUGUGCGCGAGCUCCGCCACGGCAGAUGGACCUCUCGCGCUCUCCUCCUGGAUGCACGCGCCCCUGUGAUUGUUUCCGACGACAGGAAAAGCGAACGAGUUAACCGAGGAUUUCACCGCUAAAAGACAGGCCAGCCGUACCGAGUAGGAGAACCGGAGAACCUGCGUUUACGGAGUUAGCUCCCUCUCUCUGGUGAAUCAACAACAUCACACCGUCUUCACUACGCUCCUCUCAUGCUGGCUGACGAUGGAUAAUACAGAGUGUGGGGUUCAGAUCGGAGAGAACAAGUUCAUCAGGAAGGCAACCGUCCUCUCACAUCUGAAGACGUACAACCUCUACUAUGAAGGACAAAAUCUGCAGCUCAGACACAGAGAGGAAGAGGGGGAGCUGAUCGUCGAGGGCUUGCUGAAUAUCUUCUGGGGCCUGCGGCGACCAAUCAGGCUUCAGAUGCAGGAUGACCACGAGCGGAUCCGGCCCCCCCCCUCCUCCACGUCCUGGCACUCGGGUUGCAACCUGGACAGUCAGGGUUCCCCCAACGGCACUGACAGUCAAGAGAUGACGCAGCAGAGCCCCCCCACAGUGGAGGUGACAGCCCCCGACAGCCAACCAGAGAACGGCGGGGAGAUGGAGGAAGAGGAGGCAGAAGAGGACAGUGAGAGCUCGGCUCAGCUCCUCAGGACGAAGAGCGACGCCGGCGUCUUGAGACGGGGUCAGCGGCGCUCGCCCAGCGACCAGAGGAAGAUCAGACGCCAUCGCUUCUCCAUCAACGGACACUUCUACAACCAUAAGACAUCGGUGUUCACUCCUUCUUUCGGCUCAGUGACUAAUGUCCGGAUCAACAGCUGCAUGAGGACGCCUCAGGUGCUGCGAGUGCUCCUCAACAAGUUCAAAAUUGAAAACAGCCCCGAUGAUUUUGCGCUCUACCUGGUCCAUACAAGUGGAGAGCGUGCGAAGCUGAAGCGCACGGACCACCCUCUGGUGCUCAGAGUGAUGCAGGGUCCCUGUGAGCAGGUCUGCAAGGUGUUCCUCAUGGAGGCGGACCUCGGAGAAGAAGUCACAUAUGAUGUGGCGCAGUAUAUCAAAUUUGAAAUGCCGGUCCUGCAGAGUUUCAUCACUAAACUGAAAGAGGAGGAGGACAGAGAAGUGCAGAAACUCAGGAGAAGGUAUACGUACCUGCGGUGUAUUAUUGAGAAGCAGCUGGGGUGUCUUCCAGAGGGCUCAACGUGUAUGUGAUCUCCUCUAACUGUCAGAGGACCACACCCCCCACCGUCUGUGACAACAUGACAAGAAGUACGUGUUUCAGUGGUCACCCUGCUCCUCCUGAACUCCUGCCCUGCAUGGAGUCCUGUUUUCUCUAAACCCUUCAAUCAAAUCAACCUACAGACAAAACUUUAACAUGCUUUAUUCAUGUGCAUGUUAAGUGGGACCAUCUCAGCAAUAGUCUUCUUUUAUAUUUGUCCUCACACACAGAAAGACAUUCCUCUACUUCAGUGCUGUAUUUUUCAAAAUGAGACACCCAUCUUCUGUUUACCCUUCAGAUUGCAAGCUGAUACCCACAAUGUAAGCACAAACAUCAUGUAAUUUGGCUCUAAUAAGGGGCCUGUAAAUGGUAUUCUUAAAGCACAAAUGUACAAACUAAAUUAAACUGAAAUAAAGUCCCUGUAGUGGUUUCAGCACAACGUCAGACCGCACAGUGUCUGUUGGUGUGAAACGACCAGCUGCGUGCCUUUCAUGUUCCUCGCUCUUUGAGAACGUGGUAAUGUUGUGAUUGGAGGAAUUGAACCGACCCUGAGCUGUGAAGUUCACUGCGGGGAUUAUUCAAGGUCGAGUCAACACGUAAUCUGUUUAUGUUGUGACCGUCAGUCUGUUGUUCUGCUGCAGACAUUCAAACUGAAAGUUAAGGACAUUUUAUGAUUGAGGUUAAAGAAAAAAAAUAAUAAUUGAGAUUGAAGUUUGGCUUUUUGUCAAAUACUUUUUUGAAUAGAGUUGAAUGUUUCUUGUAUAUUUGUAUAAAAACAGCUGGUUAGCUUAGCACACCACAAAGACUGGAAACAGCUUGCUCUGAAGGUAAUAAAACCAGCACAGCUUGACAAUUAACACCAGUGGGUAA